CAUCGCUUUGGACCUACCACUUCAAAUCGUUAACCGCCGGCAAUGCCUCAAAGCCCAGAAUUCUACUUGUACGAGAAGACAUAAGUAGCAGGAGCCAGCUCGAUGAAUUUGUCUCCGCUUGUUACACGAUCUCGCAUUCAUCAUUCUUCAAAGAUUGUCGAAACAAAAACUUGAUCGAUUGCCUCAACAUAACAUCAACCAUGAGCUUUGGCUUUGGCAUCGGAGACUUCAAAGCAGUAGUUGAAGUGGUAAUAAAGGUCAUUGAUCGAGUCAAGGAUUCGCCUGACCAGAUCAAAAAUACUCGACAAGACGUCGAGGCAAUCUCAGCCUUCAUCAAAAGUGAAGAGACCAGCUGCUUGAAUGGUGCUAUGAGCCCUGCCGAGAGGGCUCAGAUUCAGGAGUCGCUCGAAUCCUGUAAAGGAAUUGUGCAAGACUUACAAUCUGAGUUGAGCAAGUUCGGGGAGGCCAGUCAUGUUGACAAAGGUAUUCGGGCGAAAUUCAAGCGAUCAGUGUAUGUUCACUUCAAUCUACUGGCCUCGACGUCGCAGGAUUCGUACUCUGCUCGAACUUCGAAGAUUGCUAGAGAAGCGACAGCUGAGGUGCUUUUAUGCUAAUCGGAUUAAAGACAAAGCCUCAAAUGGGAUCAGCAGGCUAAUGCGGAUACUCGGAGCCGUGUACUAUUGUCACUAGAUCUGCUCGAGAAGAAGCUCCGUCGACUCGAUUCUGGCGUCUUGCAUCGUACAUGCGCAGGCGUCGGUCAUACCCAAGCAGG